CAUGUUAAGGGUAAACUGGACUUCCUCGUCCAAUAUCUGCCAAACCCACUCCAUCAGUCAAACCGGCAAUGUCCGUCAAACGAGCGUUAUCAUCACCCAACUAUGACUAAAGACUCUGGUGCAUGAGGCAUCAUCCAUUCCGUUGUAAACGACGAUUAAAGCAUACGGCUCUUGCUAGGCUAAACAGCCUUGUCGCCAUGUCUAGAGGUCCGCUUCCCUCACAGCUGUGUCUUCUCUCAGACCUGUCGUCAAAGUCGCCAGGUGAGAAAGUCAGGUUCUUAGGCUGCGUCACCUCAUACUUGACACAAUCAGCGGUGCUGACACUGGAGCACGGGUUCCCCAAGGAAUCUAACACCAUUGCUUUGGUUGAUAUUCGGCUCCUGCUUGGCAUUGUGAAGUCGAGUCAAACGCAAAUAGGCGAGUGGGUGAACGUGGUUGGCUAUGUCACGCCGCCGCCUCCGGGGACGCGGGCCAAAGGGACGACCCGCGGACCACAGAAAGUAGCCAUCCAAGCAUUAGUGCUCUGGUCGGCCGGCCCUCUCGAUCUUCAACGAUACGAGAAUUCCUUCGCAACAACCUGACCGAGAGAGAGUCAGGGCGAACCCACGGCGGCCGCCUCCCUCGACGAGGUAAAGUCCACUUCCUGUUGUGGAAAGCUGCCGCCUGACCCGAUCAUGCGUCGACCAGAGCCAACGUAUUAUGCUCGUCAUGCUCAUCACCGCAGCCAGGCUGCUUCCAGGCUGCUUCCAGGCCGUUCGAUUCGGCGCCAAAACCACGAAUUACUGGACUUCGAUAAGGAUUGAUUUUUCCCGGCUGGUGAUGAAUUCACUAUCCAAUCCUCGAAGCCGGAUAUGGACCCGUUCGGAGUAUAGUACAGCCCCGGACCUUGGCGUCCCGACGGAAGGGUCUCUUGCACAGAACCUAGGACAAUGCAUGCCGUUCGCCUGCAACGAUAACUU